AGAGAAAGAGUGUUGUGAAAUGUGAUGUAUUCAAGCAUAAAAAUAAAACCCAAUACGCGAACCACACACAAGUCGUCUCGUUUAGGUGACGACAAAUGCAUCAUUUAAUAAGUCUACAGCCUUCUCCUCUUACUUUUUCAUUCUCGCCACCCCUCCCGAACCCAGACCCAACCUCAUUCCUUUAUCACCAACGCGUACCUUCCCAGCUACGACGCCGUUUAACCACCUCCCACCUCUUUGGGUCCCACAUCGCUAGACGAUCCAGAUUGUUAGACGAGGACUACUUCCUUAUUAUAAAUACUCAUCACAACAAGUUCGUUGAUUCCUUUUCCAGUUCUCUUUCAUCUCUUCUUCCUCGUUUCUCCUUUCUCUCAAACCCUUUUUCUUUCUCUGCGUCUCAGUCUCAGUCUGACUCUCCGAUGUCGAUCAACGAGAUGGAGCCCCUCACGUCCGGGGCCAGCAACCGCAUAAUUCCUAUCCUCAAGGCGAUGAGGUCAGCGUUCCUGUUUGUUCACACCUUCUUUGUCUCUCUCCUGCUUCUGAUCCUCCCUCGUCGCCGUCGCCACCAUGUGCCGAUAGUACUCUCCCAAAAUCCGUCUUCAGAGAAGUGGAAGGCGUCGGUAUGGAGGAGGAGGGAGGUUGAGGAUACCUUGAGGAGGAGGUCCUUGGCUGAAGGAUUGGACAUGAGUUUUGAUUACGGGAACGAGGAGGGCCGGUGCCGUUGGAACUCGUCGUUGUUCUUUGGUGUUAGACGUAACGCCCUCUUUUCGCGUUCUUGGGUCCCGGCUUCCGGCGAAAUGAAGGGAAUAUUGAUCAUCAUACAUGGGCUUAAUGAACAUAGUGGAAGAUACGUUCAGUUUGCAAAGCAACUAAAUUCAUGCAACUUUGGCGUCUAUGCAAUGGAUUGGAUAGGUCAUGGUGGGAGUGAUGGAUUGCACGGCUAUGUUCCUUCACUUGACCAUGUUGUUGCUGAUACUGGGGCUUUCUUGGAAAAGAUUAAAUCUGAAAACCCUGGAGUACCAUGCUUCCUUUUUGGUCAUUCCACUGGCGGGGCUGUAGUUUUGAAGGCGGCCUCCUACCCACACAUUGAAGAAAUGGUCGAGGGUAUUGUACUAACCUCACCUGCUUUGCGUGUGAAGCCAGCUCAUCCCAUCGUUGUGGCCGUUGCUCCAAUUUUCUCGCUUGUUGCUCCCAAGUUCCAGUUUAAAGGUGCUAACAAAAAAGGCAUUCCGGUUUCUAGGGAUCCUGCUGCUUUGUUAGCAAAGUACUCUGAUCCACUGGUCUACACUGGGCCGAUAAGGGUCCGCACAGGGCAUGAAAUACUGCGCAUAUCGUCUCAUUUAAUGAGAAAUUUCAAGACUGUCACUGUUCCAUUCUUUGUUCUUCACGGAACAGCCGAUACAGUCACUGAUCCUAUAGCCUCCCAGGAUCUCUACAAUGAGGCUGCAUCAAAGUUCAAGGACAUAAAGCUGUAUGAUGGUUUCUUGCAUGAUCUUCUCUUUGAGCCUGAACGAGAAGACAUAGGUCAGGAUAUCAUUAACUGGAUGGAGAAGAAACUGAUGUGGCCUUAAUACAAGAAUAUGGCACCAAUCUUUGGUGUAGGUGAGUUUUCCUGGCUCUCUUUCUUCUACUUUCUAAGAAAGUGGGAGAGGACAAUCCACGUGGAGGGAAGUGACUCCAAGAAGUAGAAGCUGGGUUGGCUGUAUACUAUAUGUUUAUAUAUAUAUAUAUAUUAAUAUUUAUAUAAAUACUUUUUAUUAAAUUGGUUUUGAUUGAUGAUCAAGAAUGAAAUUUGUAGUUAAGAAAAUUGGUUUCGUGGAAA